AUGAAAAGGAGUUUAGCUGACACACCGGCUCGGAGCACAGCAGGUUGUCUGCCUGUACCACUGUUCAAUCAGAAAAAAAGAACUAGACAGCCCCUCACUUCAAAUCCACUUAAAAAUGAACCAGGCACUGGUUCUGGGACUCAUAGUUAUGACUUCUCUCCAUCAUUCGGUUGGGGAGCUGCAAACCCAGAAGUGGAUGAACUGCAGAAAGCAGCAAACAGUGGCCAAGCAGAACAUCCGAUGGCUCCUUCCCUUAUGAAAGCACCAAAUGCAUCAAAGUUUAAUUUAGCAAAUGCUGGGAAAAACGUGUCUGCCUGCAGGAACAGAAAUGAAUACACUCCUUUAGGUAAAACAGCAAAUUCAAGAUCUGAUAAUGGAACUUCUCAGAAGUUUGAGAACUUUCCAAGCAGUUUGAAAACUGUCCAGCAGCAAAACCAUCCUGCCAGUCAUAACCCAUCCCAGCUCAUCAAAACAGACACAUCCAAAGGAAAGUGCCCAGUGAAACCCAACACUGUGGCAAGAAGUCUGCAGGAUCAUGGUCCAGCAUAUAAAUUUAACUACAAUACUCAGCAAAAGAAAAUGAAUGAAAACCAAUUUGGUUGUGUCCCAGAAGAUAAAAGUCAGGAAAUUCCAUCAUCUCAAGUGAAAACUAAAAUAAAGAAGAAUUCUUUGCGAAUCCUGUCUGCAGUCAUUCAGAGUGUGAGGCACUGGAGCCAGUAUGCCUAUAAGACUGCACUGCUGUUUGAAGUUUUAGGCACACUGGAUUCUGCAGUCACACCUGGAGCAUAUGGAGCAAAGAACUUUCUUCUGAGAGAUGGAAAGGAGACCCUGCCUUGUGUGUUUUAUGAAAUUGACCGGGAGCUUCCACGACUCAUUAGAGGUCGAGUGCACAGGUGCAUGGGAACCUAUGAUGCAAAAAAGAACAUUUUCAAGUGCGUCUCUGUAAGACCAGCAAGUGCUCCAGAACAGAACACUUUCCAAGACUUUGUUAAAAUUGCAGAUGUUGAGAUGACAGCAUAUGUAAAAACUAUGAAUGAAAUGUAA